CCAUAUAAACUCUUAUCCAUCCAUCUCUAACUCUUCACUAACUUCCUCUUCUUCACAAAAAUGGGCACCCUGCGAUCAUUUUCAACCAUGUUAAUGAUGGCAGCGUUGUUGAUGGCGUUGGUUUCAUUUUCAGCUGCUCAAGCACCAGCUCCUGAGCCCUCCUCCUCCGCCGCUUUUAGCCCCUCAGCUAUACCUAUGGGGCCAUCAGCUAUGGGGCCGUCGCCAUCAAAUGACUGUUUAAAUCAACUACUUAAUAUGUCCGAUUGCUUGUCGUAUGUGACGGCCGGGAGCAAUGUGACGGUCCCGGACAAGCCGUGCUGCCCUGAGCUGGCGGGGCUGGUGGACAGCAACCCUAUUUGCUUGUGUACUCUUCUCGGUCAAAGUUCUAGUUUCGGCAUCAACAUUGAUCUCAAAAGGGCUCUUAAGCUCCCUUCUGUCUGCAAUGUUACUACUCCUCCCGUUUCUUUGUGUUCAGCUGUGGGUGUUGGAGUUCCAUCUCUAAGUCCAAGUGCAGGACCCGUGCCUGGUUUAGCUGCUAGUCCUUCAUCAGGAGACAAUAAGAGUGGAGCUUCAAGCAUGGAAGGCUACGUUUUGGGUGUGGUUGUUGGCUUGCUUUUCGCAAUUCUAAUUUAAGGGAUUUGUUUUGUUAUGAUAUUGCUACUUUAACAUCAUUGGAUUGGUUUUUAUUGACUUAUAUUACUACUUUAGGCUUUUAUUUUAGUCGAUUCGCAUUCAUAAUAUAAUAGGAGUUGUGUUGAAUUCCACAUUUGUUAUUUCAAUUGAAGGUUGCCUAAUGAUGGAAUAAUGUUUGCUCUCCCA